AUGCGGUAUUACUCAUUCGUUGCGAGCAUCUGGCUCGCGGCACGUUUACUCGUCCCCGCCGCUUCCUACGAGCUCCUGACGACAGGCACGACAGUUCAGCUCAACCAAGUGCCGUAUUACAUCCCGCCUAUCUCGGUAGGGACGGCAGCAUGUGGGAAUGAAACGAAGAGCCGGAGCGGAUUCACGCCCAUGACCGUCGUCGCCACCAACCAGACGACAUUCGACCUGAGUCAUCUGGCUGCAGUCAAGCAGAACUUCCUAGCGACGGACGAUGUCUUUCAAGACGGGUUUCUUCACAGCAUCUGCAUCCAACCCGUCGGUCCCGCACCGCUUACGCUGAACGCCGCUGGCUUUGGGAGCCUCGGCGUGAGAGCGCACCACGUCACACGUCAGGACGGAGAUGCCCUCCCGGACGGUCCGUAUUUCGUAUCACCCGACGGAGCGAUCCACCGGGCGUACCGCCUGUACCCUGACCUGCAAGGCGCGUUCAGCGAGACGGCCAUCGCCAGCGCAGAUGGCUCCUUCUCCGUGCUCCCGGCCAACGUCCCGGGGCAGUCGCUGGCCGUUGCCGUCCCGUCACGCCUAUACUUCUCCAGGUCUGCGGGGAAGCCUCUUGCCGGCCUGAGGAUCGGCGUCAAGGAUAUCUUCGACGUCCAAGGCCUCAAGACGUCCAACGGCAACAGGGCUUGGUAUCACUUCUUCCCUGCCGCGAACCGCACCGCGCCGUCCGUCCAGCGUCUGAUCGGCGCCGGUGCCGUUGUUGUCGGCAAGAUGAAGACGAGCGCCUUUGCAAACGGAGAGACGGCCACGGCGGAUUGGGUGGACUAUCAUGCGCCCUGGAACCCUCGGGGGGAUGGGCUGCAGGAUCCGUCGUCGUCGUCAGCCGGUCCGGCCGCCGGAGAAGCCUCGUAUCCUUGGUUGGAUAUCACCCUGGGAUCAGACACCGGGGGCAGCAUCAGAAGUCCCAGUCAGCUACAGGGAGUCUUCGGGAACCGGCCAAGCCACGGACUUGCAUCGCUGGACGGGGCGAUGCCUUUAAGCCCGGAUUUCGACACGGUCGGCCUCAUGGCCAGGAGUCCCGAUCUAUGGGCCGCGGCAGCCAAGGCCCUGUACGGGGCGAACAUGACGACGAACUAUACAUACCCAUCUAGCCUUCUCACUGUCGGCUUGGAAGACGGCAUGACACCGGAUAUGGACAGACAGAUCAGAGGAUUUCUGGCCAAGCUUUCCAGGUUCCUGUCUGCGAGGACCGAAGCCUUCAAUCUUACCCAGAGCUGGACAGGAGCACAUCCGGAGGGGCCGUCGCUGACGUCCCUUGUCAACAACACCUACGAGAUUCUGUCGGCAAAGCAGCAGACCCGACUCGUGCGAGACCCGUUCUAUGCCAGCUACGCCGCCGCCAACGACGACAGACGGCCAUUUGUCAAUCCAGCGCCGCUGCAGCGCUGGGCUUUGGGGGACGAGUCUCCGUCGACGAUCGAGGAGGCGCAGGCAAACAAGACGCAGUUUGCGGAUUGGUUCAACGGCAACGUGCUCUCUGCGGACGAGCGCUCCUGCUCAAGCCACAUCCUCGUGUACGUCCCGAGGGCCCCGACGCCCAAGUAUCGCAACAAGUACCUGUCUGGGCCUAGCCUUCCUUCGGCCUUCUCAACAAGCCGUGUAUCUGUCAUGAGCGGGACACCGGAUUUCGUUGUGCCCAUCGGGGAGGUUCCGUUCACCUCGGCCGUAACCGGACACACUGAAUACCUGCCUUUGACGGUAGAUCUCAUGGCUGCCAGAGGAUGCGACGGAAUGCUAUUCUCGUUGGUGAAAGAGCUAUGGGAGGCCGGAAUCAUCAGUGAAAGCCAGACUGGGAGGAGUCUCGUCAAUGGGGGGAGUGCGCACAUGUGA